AUGCGCACAUCCAUAUGCCUGCUAUUCCUCACGUCUCUCACAUCCGCCCUUGAAGUUUCUCCCGACUCCCCAUGUUCACCAAAAUGCAUCGAUGAUCCGCGCACUGGCAACGCGUCCUCCCGAGACGACUCCCUGACGUUCAACCGCGACUUGUUCUGUUUUGAUUGGGAAAUUUCGGGUGCCAAUAGCACUCAAAGUGGGCUGAAGUUCAGGGACUGCAACAAUUGUCUAAAGAGCAGUGGAUAUACAGAAACCACUUGGAACGAGAGGGACGUGGGGUGGUUCUUGUUCAAUAAUCGCGGCGUCAUUGACUGGUGUCUCUUUGGCCGCUUCGGAGAAGAAACUAAUAAGGACAUAUCCGCUUCCCCGAUCUAUACCGCAUGCAACAACAGAUGCACCAAACUCUAUACAGCAGCCGAUUAUAUGGUCAAGAGCGCGCCAAGUAGCUACAACUUUUGUGAUACCGCUGGGAACUUUACCCAGGAUGCAGAGUCAUGUUUAGACUGUCUGUACGAGACUCCAGGGCUGACCACGCUGGGUAACGGGAAAACUUACAAUUCCCCAAGUAACCAAGACAUUUACGCACCGACCAAGCUCAUGCUGUCAAGCCCUGAAGCGUCACAGUCGAAUUCGCUCACGUCUACACCCACGUCUGUACCCACUUCUUCGUCCUCCUCUACCUCCUCACCGCAAGCCAGCAGCUCCGGUGGUUUGUCGAAAGGGGCCUUGGCGGGUAUUAUAGUUGGCGCGCUCCUCGGUGCUGCAUUGCUCCUCGCCAGCGCGCUGUUACUUUUAAGACGCAAGAAGAACCAGCGAAAGGGAGCUGUAGUUGAGACGUCAUAUACCCCUGUGCGUGGACAGCAGAAAGUUCUGCACGAGAUGGAUGUGGACCACGUGGCGCAGUACGACCCGGCGGAGCUGCCAGCACAUGGAAAAGUUGAGAUGCCGACUGAGAGUGGAAAUAACGGGGAUCGGAGAUUCUGA